AUGGCCAAAGAUAAAGCUCUUGGACCGAAUGGUUUUUCAAUGGUCUUCUUUCAAGUUUGUUGGAAGAUUGUGAAAGAAGAUGUGAUGCUGAUUUUUCAGGAGUUCUUCUCUUUUAAAAAGUCUGAAAUAUCUUUUAAUGCCACCUUCAUUGCUCUAAUCCCUAAGAAAGCUGGGCCUCUUAACUCCAAGGAUUUUCGACUUAUUAGUCUUGUGAGUGAGGUUUACAAGAUAAUAUCAAAGGUUCUUGCUAAUCAAAUAAGUAAGAUGAUGGAACAAAUCAUUUCUAAGCCCCAAAAUGUAUUUGUUCUGAGUAGACAAAUUCUUGAUUCGGUGCUUAUUGCUAAUGAAUGUCUUGACAAUCAGCUGAGGGAGGGUGCCCCCAAUGUCCUUUAUGACACCAUCAUCUUUUGUGAUGUGGAGUGUGGCCAUAUUCAAGCCUUAGGGGCUGUACUAUUAUGCUUUGAAGUUGUUUUGGGACUUAAGGUGAAUCUGGGCAAGUCUGAGUUGGUUUCGAUUGGGGAGGAGCUCAACAUCAAUAGCUUGACAAGAUUGUUGGGUUGUAAGAUUGCCUUACUUCCUAUGAAAUAUUUGGAUCUUCCAUUUGAGGCAUCUUUUACGGCUUGUGCUAUUUGGGAUGGGGUCGUCGAGAAAGUUGAGAGAAGGUCGGCUAGUUGGAAGCGUCUUUACUUAUCUAAAGGGGGUAGACUCACUCUUUUGAAGAGUACUCUCUGUAAUCUCCCUACUUAUUUUCUAUCGUUGUUUCCACUGCCUACAAGAGUGGCAAACCAGAUUGAGAAGCUAUUUCGUGCUUUUCUAUGGGAUGGUAUGGCGAAACUACUAAGUUUUAUAUCGUUAGUUGGAAUAAAGUUUGUACUCCCAUUUCGGUUGGAGGACUAG